AAACGUUAUUAAAAUAAUGUUUAUUAAUAAAAAAAAUUGCACGUAAAAUGUAAUAAAGUAUGAUGCUUAUUAAUAAUAUUUAAAAAAUUAAUAGUGAACAGUUUACAGUAGCAUAAAAGCUUUUUAAAGAAUUAUUAAUGAAUUUUUGGAUACUGAAAAAAAAUGGAGAUUAAUAAUGCUGGCGCGAAUAAUAAUAUUAGACGUAUUGGUUCCGAAACUGUCCACAAAAUAUGUUCUGGCCAGGUUGUGCUAAGCUUAGCUGUAGCCGUUAAAGAGCUAUUAGAAAACUCAUUAGAUGCAGGAGCAAUUAAUGUUGAUAUAAGGUUAAAAAAUUAUGGAGUUGAUCUUAUUGAAGUUUCUGACAAUGGAUCUGGUGUCACAGAAGAUAACUUUGAGGCUUUAACACUCAAGCACCAUACUUCCAAACUGAGUGAGUAUUCAGAUUUGCUAGAUGUAUCCAGCUUUGGAUUCAGAGGUGAAGCUUUGAGCUCACUUUGUGCACUUGCUAAUCUUACAAUAACGACAAGGCAUAGAACUGCUGAGUAUGCAUCUAAAAUACAGUAUGAUCACAAGGGAAAUAUUAUAAAUAAAACACCCUGUUCUAGGCAAGUUGGAACAACAGUAACUCUAUCAAACCUUUUUUGCACAUUGCCAGUAAGGCAAAAAGAAUUACAUAAAAAUGUCAAGAGGGAGUUUAAUAAGUUGACAAAUUUGUUGUAUGCCUAUUGCUUAAUAUCUAAGGGAAUAAAGAUAACUUGUAGCAAUCAAACCAAUGCUAACUCAAAAUCUAUAGUUGUAGCUUCAUCUGGAUCAUCUCAUAAAGAUAAUAUAGCUUCUGUGUUUGGCUUGAAACAGUUACAAGGAUUAUUGGAAAUAAAAACAGAACAUGUAAGUAGUAUCAAAGAUAACAUUUUAAAAGGAUUAUCGGGCGAAAUUAAUGAAUGUCAAGAAGAUGUCACCAUAGAGGAUAUAGAAAUUGAUUUGUCUGAGGACUCUAAUGAUGCUGAAGCAAAAGACUCCCAAGAAUCUCAAGAUAUCACACUAUCACAAAAGUCAAUGGGUUACAAAAAUACUCCCAGUCCUGUUAACUUAGAAGGAUUUAUUUCAUCUUGUGAACAUGGCUGUGGCAGAUCCAGUACAGACAGGCAAUACUUUUAUGUAAAUUCAAGACCAUGUGAACCUGUCAAAGUUAUGAAACUUGUUAAUGAAAUUUACAAACAAUUCAAUGUUAAUCAGUAUCCAUUUAUAUUUCUCAAUAUUAAUAUAGAAAGGGUUACCGUCGACAUAAACCUGAGUCCUGAUAAAAGAAAAGUAUUUUUAACUAAAGAGAAAGCUAUUUUAGAUGUUAUUAAAGCAUCUAUAUCAAAACUAUUUGAAAGUAUUCCCAGAACAGUAAGAGUUGAGACCAGCUUAAAUUUAAAAGAUAAAGAAAAAGCAGUUUGUAAAAUAGACCAGCCUAGAAUUUUUAACUCUUUUAUGCAACAGUUUUCAGUAAAGCAAGGAAAGGAGUCAAAUUCAGUGUCUUGUACUAAAUCUAUAAAUGAAUCUAAAAAUGUCGAUUUAAAACGAAAAUCUACAAGUAUUUUAGAUGCAUUCAUUAGUAAGACAAAAAGAGUACAUGAAGACACAGAUCAACAACAAGAUUUAAGUUAUAAAAAAAAUGUGAUAGAAACGACAAAAAACGAUGAGGACUUAGAAAUACUAGAUAAUAAUGAAGUAAGACCAGAUGAAGUCAAGGUAGCACCAACAGAUAUUGUGUACUUAGACUAUAGAGAAAAUAUACCAGAAACACAAGUAAGAAAUGUUUCAGAUGUUAUUUGUGAAGAGUCCCACACAAUAUAUUGUAAACCAAAAACUGUAAAGAAACAAAUAUCAGAUAUUUCAAGUAUUGCACCAAAACCAAACACUAAAAAGGUAGUAACAGAUAAAGAUGAGAUUGGGAAAUCUAAUAGAAGAUUAAUUAACUUCAAAACAUCCUUAAACCAUGUUCAAGCCAUGGUUGAAAUUUAUAAAAAAAAUAUUAAUAGUUCAUUGCCAGAGAGAAUAAAAUUCAGAAGUUCAAUUGAUCCUGUGUUCAAUAAAAAAUGUGAAGAGGAAUUAAGCAGAGAAAUAUCUAAGGAUUCUUUUAAGCAAAUGGAAAUUUUAGGUCAGUUUAAUUUGGGUUUUAUAAUCACUCGGUUGGAAGAUGACUUAUUUAUUAUUGACCAACAUGCAACAGAUGAGAUAUAUAAUUUUGAAUCUUUACAAAAAUCUACUGAAAUUACUAGCCAGAAAUUAGUAAUCCCACAACAAUUAGAAUUAUCUGGAAUGAAUGAACAAAUUUUAAUAGACAAUGUGAGUAUAUUUAAAAAGAAUGGAUUCACUUUUGACAUAGAUGAAAAUUCUCCACCAACAAAAAGAGUAAAGUUAUUGACAAUACCCAUGUCAAAAAAUUGGAUUUUUGGUAAAGAUGAUAUUGAAGAACUGUUAUUUAUGUUGAAGGAAUCUCAAUCGGAAUACUGUAGGCCAAGUCGAGUGAGAGCAAUGUUUGCUUCAAGAGCCUGUAGAAAAUCAGUCAUGAUUGGAACUGCUCUUAGCAAAUCUGACAUGCGCAAACUUGUAGAUCACAUGGCAGAAAUUGAUAAACCAUGGAACUGUCCCCAUGGAAGACCAACCAUACGUCAUUUGGUGAACAUAGCAAUGGUUCACACAAGUAAAAAUCAAUGAUUUUUAUUAUUUUUAUCACACUUUCAAAAAUCAUGUAUUUUAAUAUUGUUUUUACUUAAAUAAAAAAAAAUUGCUUUAUAA